AAAGUAACUUUCCCCAACACUGAUGACAGGGUGUUUAGUGUUACCUUUUUGUCACAGCAUUUCCUGAGUCUGGAUCUGGUCGGCGGUGUGCACAGCGCCACCUUGCUGCACACUCAUGAAACGGACACGCGAGCCACCAUGUGCAUGUCUCUGGGUGGGGACGUGAUCGCCUCGGGACAGGACGCCAACUGCAGCUUGAUGAGGUUCAGUCACCUUACGGCCAAACAGGCGAAGAAACCUGCAGCCAAAGAUGGGGCUGGAGAUAAAGGUGCAGCCAGGAAGAGAGGCAGGAAAGGCCAGAACGGAGAUGGAGGAGGAGGAGACGUGGCCCAGACGAAGGAGGAUUCUCCUCAGAUGUUGGUGGAGGAUGUUGGAGUGGUGCAGGCCGACCUCAGCCCGCAGGACCCCUGCGUGAAGUGUGUGCGCUUCAGCGCCGACCUCACGCUUCUGCUGAGCGGCGGGGCCGACGGUUACGUCAGAGUGUGGGAGUUCCCCUCUUUGAAAGAGAAGUUCAGCUUCAGAGCUCACAAAGAUGAGCUGGAGGAUAUAGACAUCAGUCCUGAUAACAAGCACAUUGUAACAGUUGGCCGUGAUUUCGAGUGCAGCGUGUGGAGCGGCGAUCAGCUGGCCGUGGGUUUGUGUUGGCAUGAAAACAUGCCUCAGAUCACAGAGAAGAUGUACCGCUACAAGUCAUGCAGGUUUGCAAAAUUAGAGGACCAGAAAGAUGCUUUAAGACUCUAUACAGUCCAAAUCCCCCACAAACGGGACCGCAAACCCCCUCCGUGCUACAUCACCAAAUGGGACGGACGGGUUUUCCUGCCGCUGCUCACGAAGCCUUGUGGGAAUGAAGUUAUAUGUUGUCUUGCAGUGAGUGACUCUGGAACAUUUCUUGGUCUUGGAACGGUGACGGGAUCCGUGGCCAUCUAUAUAGCAUUUUCCCUGCAGAAAUUGUACUACAUCCAGGAGUCUCACGGCAUUGUGGUCACGGACCUGACGUUCCUACCUGACGCUCCUAAAAGUAAAGCCGUGAAGGGGAAUAAUGAAGUGGUCAUGUUGAGCGUAGCCGUCGACAGCCGCUGUCAGGUGCAUGCCGUCUCCAACCGGAGGUCAUUCCCGCUGUGGCUGGUGCUGUUCUUCUGCGGUCUGAUGGUGGUUGGAGUGAUUCUGCUCCUGCAGUCUCUCUUCCCAGCAUUCAUUUAGUGUAUAGCGUAUCCAUUCUCACCAUCACCUAAACCUGACAUUUUAUAUACUUAAAAAAUGACUUGAAAACAUACCUGGAUCGAUGAAAUAGUUCGAAAUAAUAAUGGGAAUGACGGUGUUUAGCAUCAUGUUUUUAACUGAAGUAUCAUCUCUGGAGUGUGAAUUUGAGCUCUGAAUUCUUAUGAAUCAGAUCAGAUGAAGAAUUUGGGCAUGACCUGAAGAUCCUGAACUGAUCUUUCUCCUCAUCAGUGAGAGAAAUGUUUCAGGAUCAUUGAAAAGCAGGUUGGAAACAGGACUGGAUUUCCUGACUGCUCCACCAGCAUGAAAUGCCUUUUAAUGGAGAACUAUAUAUGCAGGGGAUUUCAACAGUGAAUGCUUUUAAAUAUUUAAAACCAUGUAAAAAUAUAAAUAUACAUCUGAACAACAUUUGCUGUUGCCACGUCUGUCCAGUUAUUUAUGUUUUGAUCGGCAUGCACCACAACAUUCAUUGAGUUUCCUCCAAACUAACAGUCCUCAUAUGUAAGUCGCAUCCCAUUGUACGUGCACAAUCCAAGAUAUUUCAGAGUAAAAUCUGAUAUUUCGGGAGAAAGCAGUAGGAUGGGAUUGAAUUGAAUCCAUUGGAAAUUGAUUGGAUUGUGAAACAUGGGUGUUAUGUCAUGCAAAAGGAAAAGUACUUUCAGAAACGGUGCAAAAAAUUACAGAGCCAAACUUUUUUUUUUUGGAAGAAAAUGCAAUAAUGAAUCACCCAAAUAGUCCAAUUUGAAGUGACUGGUGUUUUCAUGCACUCCACUAGGGGACGCCAUUGCGUUGCGUUUAUUUGACCAGCUGCUCUCAGAUCCAGAGUGAGCAGUGAGCAGUGAGCCAACAUCAUCAUUGAUUAUUGUACAAAAAUAAACACACACA